ACAAAAAAAUAAAAAAAUUGAAACAAAAUCCAUGGCAGACACAGCAAGCAACUCUAAAUCUAAAUAUCCAAGAUGGAAUCUCAAUGGAAUGACUGCCCUUGUUACUGGUGGCACUCGAGGAAUUGGGCAUGCUAUAGUGGAAGAAGUUGCAGGGCUUGGGGCGGCUAUUUACACAUGUUCAAGGAAUGAAGCCGAGUUGAAUAAGUGUUUGAAGGAAUGGGAAGGCAAAGGGUUUUUGGUUAAGGGAUCUGUUUGUGAUGCCUCGUUUAAAGACCAAAGGCAGAAAUUGAUAGACAAUGUUGCUUCUGUUUUCAAUGGAAAGCUUAACAUUCUUGUCAACAAUGUGGGAACAAACAUCAGGAAGCCAACAAUCGAGUACACUUCCGAAGAGUAUUCAAAGCUGAUUUCUACAAACUUUGAAUCUUCUUACCAUUUAUGCCAACUUGCACAUCCUCUUCUCAAAGAAUCUGGAAAAGGAAGCAUUGUGUUCAUUUCAUCUGUUGCAGGUCUGGUCCAUGUUGGCUCUGGAUCCAUUUAUGCACCAACCAAAGCUGCUAUUAAUCAACUUACAAAAAACCUGGCUUGUGAGUGGGCGAAGGAUAAUAUCAGGACCAACUGUGUUGCUCCCUGGUACAUCAGAACCUCUCUUGUUGAACAUUUGCUUGAAAAGAAAGAAUUAUUGGAAAAAAUAAUAUCUCGCACACCACUUGAACGUGUCGGUGAACCAGAAGAAGUGUCGUCCGCGGUGGCAUUUCUUUGUCUUCCAGCUUCUUCUUACAUCACUGGGCAGAUUAUUUCUGUUGAUGGAGGAUUCACAGCUUAUGGCUUCAAUCCCGGCAUGAGAUUGGAUUAAACUACACCUCCAACCUUCAUAAUCUUUUGU